ACUCAACCCCCACCGCCGCAUAGGGUUUGCAAGUUGUAACUGAAGAGAAAAUAAAAGCAAGACAAGAUCGGUGCUGCUUAUUACAAAGAGAAUACCCAGUUAAACACACUCUCUCUCGUAACGUUUAAACAGGUUACUUAGCAAAUGGCGAACAGCAGUAAAAUUCUUCUUGAUUUGGAGGCUGAAAAAUCUCCCGCAGAAUCCAAGUUUCUGUUUUGUAUGAAUCAUGAUUUCCCGCGGCAGCCUAAGCCUACAAAAUAUGAAUUGCCUCAGAAAAAGCCUAUAAUUACCUCGGUUCCGAAAAGCCAAGUUCUGGGAAAAUUGAAGGAUUUCUUACCAGUUAUGUCAGAUGCAAAUAAAAAACUGCAGCUCGCUGCCAUGGACAAUGCGAAGGUAUUUGAUAUUGAAUCACUUGAAGACAAUGAUUCUGCACACAUUGAAAUGGAUCUGAUGCUGGGGGUAGCUGACCUCCAUACCCCUGAAGCUAUUGCUGCUGCCGAGUCUGCUAUCAAUGGUAUUCAGCCAGUUUUACCAUUUGCAACUACUAGUAAUAGUGAUGAAGACACUGAUGAAUACGAUGACAGUGAGAGUGACAGUGAGAGCACUUAUGAUGAUGAGGAUGGGGGAGAAAAUAAGCGUGACUCUGACAAACAUGAUCAGGGCAAUGAUGGUAUUGAACUAGCAUGCUCUCUUGCAAACACAAAAAGAGCCAAAUCCGUCUGCAAGGAAUCAUCUGAAGAUUUGGGAAAUGCAAAAUCAAGCAAGCGACCAAAGAUUGUCGAGCUUUCAUGAAACCUUUCCGGACAUAAAAAAAAAUGAGGUCUGAACUCUGAAGAUGUAUCUUCCAGAAUCAUGGAAUAGGAUGGAGCUAGAAGAACUAUUACCCCAAGUUCACUGAUAUCAAGCACGGAUGAAACCAGCCUGUUGGGAAGCUUGUUGGAGGACUGUAACAUGUUGAGUGUAAAAUAUAUCUGAUGGGUUAUACAUUUUGUUGCUACAAAUUUGUGGUGUUGAAUUCACAGUUCAAUUUGAUUAUUGUACCAUGUGAUAAGUUUUUUUCUCA